AUGAGCCUUUUUGAAGCAAUUGUGCUUAGUUAUCCCAUAGAAUUAAAGCAAUACGCCGCAUUUGUAGAGAGAGUAAUCAAUUGCUUUAUAAAUUUAAUUAUUCAUUCCCGCGAAAGUAUACAAAUGUGUGCAUGGAGAUACCUCACAUUUAUCGUAAAAGUAGCUGUAUUCCGUGUUAGUGAGCCAGUUGCUGUUAGUUUAGUGGAAAAUAUCGUUACAAAGAUUAUUCACAUACCGCAGAUUCAUCAGAUGCUUUACUACUUACUAGUUACGAUGAAAGAUGUCAUUUUUCUCCCUGUCAUUUACUUUUCUUCUCAAAUUUUGAAAAGAGUUGAAUUUGAUCAGCGAGAUUUGCAAAAUAUCAUGAAUGUUUGCAGGAAGAACCCAAGGAUCAGACGUCCUUUUCCUAUCAUGCGAUAUAUGCUGCAACAUUCCAUUUAUCCGUCUGAAAAAACUUCAAUUUGUUUUUUGAUCUUGAGUGAAAACAAAAGAUACUUCAAGACAUGCAAGUUUUUGGUCAGAUGGUCGAGAGUAUAUAUAAAAAGAACCUUCCAAUGGCUUGUAAUCGCUAGAAAAGCUCUACAACCUCAAUAUACCUAA